CGGCGAAGAUGUUCGGGAAAGUGCCGCCGUCGAACACGCCGGGUCCGCCUAAUAAUAACGGCGGCCAAGCGUCAGCCAAGUGCGCCAGGCCGGCGACGACGACGGGCGCGGCGUCGUGUCUGCCGUGCUUCUCGGCGGAGGAGACGCCGACGGUGAGCGCCGACGACAAGGUGAGACCUUGGCGGCCGACGAAGGACAGCGCCGACGAUUCGCCCACCGUAGUCUCCGAGGCGCCCAGCAACUCACUACAACCACCCGUCGGUCUGACGGACGCCACUUCGGUCGCGGUGGAGCACCACCCCAGACCCUGCAGGACUGACGAAGCGAUCGCGACGACUUGCGCCUCCGCUUGUACCAAGACCCCGAUCAAGUCCUCGCCCAAGGAGGGGUCGUCGCAGCUCGGCAGGAGUCACGCCAGCGCGAUGCAGAAGUGUCCCUCCGGUCAAAACUGCUCGAAUCACUCCAAGGCCGGCGUCGGUAGGACGCGACGGCCGCAGUCCGCCGCGACCGCGAGAAAUCUCAACGUCGAGUCGUGUACGAGGGACUACGGCAAGACCGCGAGAAAGAUCGUUGCCGUUAACCGGGAGCCGUCGAGCGGCAGGGAGCAUCAGGCGUGCAACGAGCAGCAAUCCAAGUGCCUACCGGGUACGGUCGCUGCCAAAUUACCUUCCACGAGAUCUUCCGAGAUGAUCCAUCACACGAAAAGGCCGGGCAACGAGGAGCCCUCGACGGACACGUGCGCGAAUUACUUGGCGAUGUCGAACGGCGCGUCUAAUGCGUCGGUCGCGACAAGCGAGCAUCAGAGGCCGGCGGUCCCAAGGACGAUCGACGUCAAGGACGGCGCCGGCGACUCCGCGACCACCGUCGCACCCUGCGAGGACGACACCUGCGACAGCGACUUCACCAGCUCGACGAUCAAGGAUUGGACGGCGAGGAGGGUCGGCAGCGACGCGCCGCAGCAGAAUCUCCCCACGGAGCUGCAGUCGUCCACCUCGCCGAGGAGCUACAAGGAGCUCAAGGAGAAGUCCCGCGAUUCUCUUUGGCGGCCUACGGAGAUGACGGAGAGUGUGGUGCACGGACUCACGGUGUGCCCGGGUGAAACGUUUCAGGACUCGAGUUCGAAGAGGCGCACCGGCGCCUCCUGCCAGGCGCUCAGGCACGCCGUCGCAUCGUUGAACCGCCUGGACGACUUCUACAUGGAGAAGAUCGGCGCGGGCUUCUUCUCGGAGGUUUACAAGGUUACUCACAAGGUGACGAGUCAAGUGAUGGUGCUCAAGAUGAAUCAGCUGGCGGCGAACAGGCCGAAUAUGCUGAAGGAAGUCCAGCUCAUGAACAAGCUCAGCCAUCCGAACAUACUCAGGUUCAUGGGGGUGUGCGUGCACGAGGGUCAGCUGCAUGCGUUAACGGAGUACAUAAACGGCGGCAGCCUGGAGCAGCUGAUCAUGUCGCGGCACACGUCGUUACCGCACCUCGUCCGGAUGAAUCUGGCGAGGGACGUGGCCCGCGGUAUGGCCUAUCUACACAGCCGCGGCCUCUUCCACCGCGAUCUCACGUCGAAGAACGUGCUGAUCAAGAAGGACGAGUGCAGCAACGAGAUGACGGCGGUGGUGGGCGAUUUCGGUCUGGCCGCAAAGAUACCCGAUCCCAGCUCGGGCUACCGGCUCAGCACCGUCGGCAGCCCCUACUGGAUGUCGCCCGAGUGCCUCAAGGGCCAGUGGUACGACCACAGAUCCGACGUAUUCUCCUUCGGCAUCGUCGUGUGCGAGCUGAUCGGCCGGGUGCCGGCGGAUCCGGACGUUCUGCCACGCUCAGAUAACUUUGGCCUCGAUUACCUGGCCGUGGCGGAGAUCUGCGCGGCCGCCGAUCCACCGCCCGCCUUCCUCCAGCUCGCCUUCAAUUGCUGCACGUACGAGCCCAGGUCCAGGCCGACCUUUCCGGAAAUCACGACUAGCUUGGAGACCAUGAUAGCGGCUUUCGAGGAGGAGCUGAAGAAUAACAUCGGUAAACGGCAGUCGACCGUCGAUCCAACGCUCAUGUCCAGCAUGGACGAGAUCGCGCGAGAGGGACGCACGACGAAGCGGCGCACCGCAAAACUCAGAAGUCAAUCGGCUGACGCGAGAGGUUGUGACAAUGCGACGCCAUCAGAUAAGGCGAGAUGCCAUUCCGCCAGGCGGGUAGCCGAGCUCGCCAGCCGCCGCGAUCCACAUUACAGGCCGAUGACGGCGAAUCCAUUUCACGCGUUGGGCGGCGUCAAGAAAAUCCUCGGCGACUUGUUCUCCAGCUGUCUGGAGCUGCCCUCGUUGGAGGACGUGCGACCAAGUGUCACCGACAGCGCGUGCAGCAAGUUCAAACCGGCGCAAAACGACAGCAUUGCCAAGAUUCUGGACAGGAAGAAGCCGAACUCCGAGCCGAGCAGUCCUACCGCCAGAAAGAAAUGGGAGAGAAAGGUUGCUACCAAGGUGGGUGCCGCGAGCCUGUUCGCCCAUCCGCUCUUCCGAGACGGUUGGGAGCCGCGAAGACGUGGCAGCUGCGAGUCAGGCUUCUGGAGCUGCGUCGGUGAGGACCUGAGCCCAGAGCCGCCGAAUCGACGGCACACGUCGACCCUUAGCAGCUCGGCAGCGAGCAGUCUGUUCCUGCUGGACGACCAUCGGACCAGUUCGAUUUACACGGACUCCUCCGAGGACAUUGCCAGCUUAGGCGGCGGCGAUUCCUGCUGGGAGGACCGAUUGAACGGCAUCGGCUCGUCGAGCAAGACCAUCUCGAAGAUCGUCGAAUACUUCGAGAGAAAGCAAGCAGGUAGACUCGGCGAUCACGGUGACGCUGCUGGUCCCAGCCGUCUGACCCUGCUACGGGCCAGCCUGGAGGGCCCCGUGCCCAUCAGCAGCAUCUCGGCCGCGCAACGGCUAGUCGUGUGCGAAGGUGCCGUGCGCAGUAAACUUGCGUUAUUCGACAAGAAGUGAUAUUACGCGUGAGGCUCUUGGCGAUUUCUUAUCGUUUCCCUUCGACGUUCGAGCAGCGUCCGCGUGAAAAGAAUCGUAUGUACAAUGAAACGCAAUACAGGUCCCGGACAUUCGACAGAGGCUCGUCAUCAUACACGGAGGCGACGGAGAAUUCUGGGACGUUACGCGAUAAUUAGCGUGUUUCUUGCAUGUAGUUGAGAGUGAAGGACAGACAGUUACGUUACGUUAAAGAUAGUAGCAAUCGAUCUUAUUGCGCAUAAAAGAUUAGGGUGGAAAGGGCAAUUAUAUUAGUACCGGCGCGUCACUCGUGACUUCGUAGGCAGGAUAGUUGAUAACACGCGUGCGGCGUGCUUACAGACACUUCUCUAAAAACCUAGUAACCUGACUGUGAUGUUUUUUGAUAAUCUACAUACAUACAUUAUUGAGCUGUACGACUGAAAUUUGGCGGAGCCAUCGACACAGGAUCUUUUAUACGCAACACGAGUCGCGUUUCAUCGCAAUUUGGCUACAACGAUGCGCCGUUCGGGAAAGACAGGGAGGUAGGGUGGGAAGAGAGCGAGGCGAUAGCGAAUUCUGUUGGAAAACUGCAUUCGAGAUUAGCGCCGGAUGUAAGGCCAAUCGGUUUCUCGCGAUUGACACACAUUUUGCAGUGCCUCGCAGUUCCUAGUAGCCAUCUCCGUCCUUAUGCACACGAACCAUGGGUAUUACCGAUCACCGCAAGGAUAGCUAUACAGAUCGAAAAAGGGUGAAUGACUUCUUUUCAUUAAGUCGAAUAGGCGGGUCGACAAGCCAAAGGUUCUUAUCUCGCCAUUCUUAAUUUUUUUUAUUGAUACGGUUAAUUUUUUGUCGGAUUGUCUUGAGUUUUCCUUUCCUUAUAAUGUGUUAUUAACACUUCUUUCAGUUUUUAAUUUCUAUUUUUAUACCUAAGAGGUUUAUACCUAAGGGUUCACCGAUCUGUUGCUGCAGCCAUGCCGUAUUAAUUUUUUUCUAUGUAUGACAAGAUGAAUUGAAUUUUUAUUGCAUCUAACCAUUUACAUUUCAGAGAACUUGUAAUUCUCUCUUUUCAGCUAAUGAAAUAACAGCUGUAAAUCUUAAUUUACUGUCAAGAAACGAAUUUUUUUUUCUACGAAUCCUAUAUAAAUUGAAAUACUUAGUUACUUAUCAGGUAAGAAGACAUUUUUAUUUUAUUAAAAUUUAUUCUAUCUGGAUAUGAUGCUCGAUGUGAAGCAGAAAUUUGAUGCGAGAGAGAUGUUCGUGAGCAUUUUCUUUUGACAUUAUCUAGCAUGCUGCAAUGAAAGAUCGGGAGCAAUGGCUCUUAAGUUCCACGUCUACGGAGGCCUACGUCGCGUUCGCGAGAUUCUCAUUUUGACUUCGACGUCGACGCAACGCGAAGUUUAUCGGCAUUGCUACGUGCUUCUUCAGCGAUUCGCAGUUCCGCGCGUCGCGGCGUUAUAAUAGUUCGGGGAUACGCGAUACAAAGUGCCGGAGAUAUAUAACGAUAAUGCAUAUAUACAUAUAUUUUUUUGUUGGCAGAGGUAACACCGUGUCCCGGAUAUUUCUUGUUGGCGUGUUGCGCGUAGCCGUGAGAGUUUGUCCACUUCGAAAAGAGAAUAUAUGAAACUGAUCUAGUCAGUGUAUUAAAUGUGGCGGCCUUAUCUUUUGUACGUUGUAGUGCUAAAACUUGUAGUGUUUAAGAUUGAAAUGGCGUGCGUGAGAUGAGCGUGAGACGAAACCGGGGCGCCCUAGAUGCACGCGGUAUUCUUCUCCCUUUUUUUUCUUUUUGAAACGUCGGUAUAUUUAUACAAUGGAAAAGUGAAAGUGUGGUGGCAUGCGAGGCAGAGUGAGCGAAGGUGCAUCGCACCGGUGUGUGUAUGUGUGCGUUUGCGUGUGCGUUGCGUGUGCGUUGCGUGUGUGUGUGUGCGUGCGUGUGCGUGUGCGUUACGAAGUGUACACGUCCAAAAAUGAUAUCUAUGUAGGUAGCUACGACUUUUGCAUAUAUAACGUGAAUCGUUUUGUCGCUCAGACAGCGAGUCGAACCAAAUCUACGAUCGUAGAGUGAUAGACUAAUGUGACGAUACCUUUUUACUUGUCGAAGUUCGCUCACGGGUUUACUCCAUAAGACUGUGCGUUCGUUAUGUAAUAGGUCGUAUGUAAAUAGAGAAGCUCGAGAUCGCGUCAACGAUAUUCGCAGUCUCUUCUUCCUCGUGUACAAUAGGAUGCGCGCCGUGUGUCUUUGCGUUUCUUUCCUUUCUCUUUUUUUUUUUAUUUUCGCUCGUCGAAUCGGGGCCUUCUUCUUCUUCUUCUUCUUCUUCUUCUUCUCGAUGCGUCAAUCGGUACCUGAACAAUCGAAGCGAGGGAAGGACUGCGAACGAGUUAGUUCUUAAGUGUACGGACAUAUCAGGAAGAUGGGCAUAUCCUGAGACUCAACCUGAUCGAUAGAGGGCAAUAAAUGCGUGGUUUACGGAGUGACAAAGUUACGGGAUACAUGUUGCGAGUGCGAGAGCGCGUGAGUGAGGGUGGGAGAAAAGAUAGAGAGAAAAAGAUAACGGAAUUAGCGGACCGAGAGGCGCAUUUGAAAAAAAAGGAAAAAUAUGGGUUAUUUAUUUUAAGUAAAAACAGUUAUAUUAAAGGUUAUAUAUCUAUAUAUAAAUCUACGCAAAACUACGUCGUCUCUUCCAUACUUUUCAACUGUUGUUUAGAAUCUACGAUUGCUACCGAUGUAGUCCCGUAUCUUCUAGCUCUUUAUAUUAUUAUACUAUGAAGAGGGUACGCGCGAUAUCUCGGGUUCCCUCGUGGCUUCCCGCGCUGGUCGAGAUAUAUACAAUAUAAAAGUUUUGUAUAUCUAUUUUAUAUAUAUGUAAUAUGUAUACAUUACAUAUAUAUAAAUAUGUAAUAGCGAGCGCUGUGAAUACCCGAUUUUCUCGUGAUCAUUGAUCAUUACUCAUAGAUUGGGCAUAAAUAAGCGUGGAAAAAGAAAGAAUUAAUGGCGGCGAUGACGGCGAUGAUAAUAAUAGUUAUAAUGAUUAAAAGGCGAAGCUAUAUAUAUGUGUGUGUGUUGUAUGUAUAUAUACAUAUAUAUAGCUAUGUAAAGAAUUCCUAUAUAUAUAUAUACAUACAAAGAUAAUAAAGUUAAGGGCUCCCAAUUUUUAUCAAAAAAAA